AGUCAGAUCACCAGCAUUUUGAAUUCUUUGGCUGAGAUUGGUGCAGGGGAGGUGAAGAAGACUGGCAAGUUCACUCUUCCAGGGCUCUGCAUGAUCAAGACUCGCCAGAAGAAGGCCACCAAGGCAGGCAAGAAGAUGAUGUUCGGCCAGGAAGUGAUGGUGAAGGCACAGCCAGCGAAGACUGUGGUGAAGGCAUUUCCGGUGGCAGCUUUGAAAAGCCAGAUCUGAAGCCAUGGUUCUUUAGGCCAUGGAGCUGUAGCCGAAAACGGCUAGUGGCACCUUGGGGGAUUGGAGCUGAACUAGUUGUUGGAGGCACAGCCUGUUGUACACUAUCGCUGAUAGCAAGUUACGCUUUGAGAGAAAGAGACACACAUGAAGCUCUUUGUGCUUCUUUGUUUGUGGUGUGAGUAAAAUCAGAUAUUAGACCGCAAAAGAUACUAUUGAAGCAAAGGUGACAUGAUAAUUGGCUGUGGAAUUGGCACAUUGUCUUGUCGCAAGCUUGAUGGACGUGUUGUUUUGGUAUUUCAUGGUACCAAGGUGGGAUGAUGUUGGACGUACUCCUGAGCACUGCUAGUUGGUCUGGCUCAAGCUGCGUGUUUGUUGACAUUUUGCUGUAGAUUCUUCAAAGACAUGGCUCCUGCAAAGGCAAUGAAGGCUACCAAGGCCAAGAAGGUUGCUAUGAAGGCCAUGAAGGGUCAGAAGGCGAUGUCCAAGGGAGGCCUUGCCACUGAGUUGGCCAAUGCCACGGAGAUGAAGAAGAGUCAGAUCACCAGCAUUUUGAAUUCUUUGGCUGAGAUUGGUGCAGGGGAGGUGAAGAAGACUGGCAAGUUCACUCUUCCAGGGCUCUGCAUGAUCAAGACUCGCCAGAAGAAGGCCACCAAGGCAGGCAAGAAGAUGAUGUUCGGCCAGGAAGUGAUGGUGAAGGCACAGCCAGCGAAGACUGUGGUGAAGGCAUUUCCGGUGGCAGCUUUGAAAAGCCAGAUCUGAAGCCAUGGUUCUUUAGGCCAUGGAGCUGUAGCCGAAAACGGCUAGUGGCACCUUGGGGGAUUGGAGCUGAACUAGUUGUUGGAGGCACAGCCUGUUGUACACUAUCGCUGAUAGCAAGUUACGCUUUGAGAGAAAGAGACACACAUGAAGCUCUUUGUGCUUCUUUGUUUGUGGUGUGAGUAAAAUC